CCCGGCCAUUUAAUUUCUUAAUCUUCUUUCCUUUGUUCUCAUCACUAAAAUAAUGUCUUCCAUUAAAGAGUUCCAACAUCUGAAAAUUUCACUUAAAGUUUUAGAAUCCGCCACCAAUAAUUUCUCUGAUGCCAACUGUCUCGGGCGUGGUGGAUUUGGGAAAGUUUAUAAAGGAGAAAUCGUCCUAUCCGACGUGCUCACCAUGGUUGCUAUAAAGCGUUUAGAUAAAUCAUUUGGACAAGGAACCGUUGAGUUUUGGAAAGAAAUAAUGAUGCUUUCUCAAUACAAACAUCAAUAUCUUGUGUCCCUCUUAGGCUUUUGUGACGAGGGCGGUGAGAAUCUUCUUGUCUACGAGUAUCUAUCUAACAGAAGUCUCGACUUAUACCUGGAUAGCGUCGAUCUCUCUUGGCUACAACGCCUUAACAUAUGCCUAGGGGCUGCAAUGGGACUACAAUUCCUGCAUGAACCUCUGGAGGGGAGUCAACAAAGAGUAUUACACCGGGAUAUCAAGAGUGCAAAUAUAUUGCUGGAUCACGAAUGGAGACCUAAGAUAGCAGACUUUGGUUUGUCCAAAUUGGGUCCAGCUAAUCAACAGUUUAGUUUUCUCUAUACCUACGCAGUAGGCACACCCGGAUAUUAUGAUCCACUAUAUGCGCAUACGGGUUUGUUGACAAAAGAAUCUGACGUCUAUUCCUUUGGUGUGGUUUUGUUUGAAGUUCUUUGUGGAAGACCGUGUGUACAAAAUUAUGACGAUAUCCGUAAAUAUCUAGCGGCAUUGUCACGUAAAUCCUACGAAGAAAAGAAAAUGGAUACAAUUAUUCUCACUGGCCUACAGGACAAUAUUUCUAGAAAGUGUUUAGAAAGGUUUUCAGGAAUAGCGUAUCAAUGUUUGCACUUAGAUCGUGGCGAACGCCCAACAAUGAGUCAAGUCGUGCAAGAGCUUAGAUUUGCACUUUAUCAUCAAACCAUUCACCAGAACAAAAUACAGGAAGUUGAACUAAAAGAGAUAGAAGUAGCAACCAAUAACUUCAAAUCCUUAAUUGGCGAAAACAGUUAUGGCGAACGGAUAUACGAAGGGGAGCUUUCCAUCUUCGGAAUACCUACAAGGGUAUUUAUACAGAGGUUUCGUGAGCAAUCAGGGCUAGGUCAUCUUUUGAGGCUAGUGGACAUUCGCUCUAAACUACCCCAUCCAAAUCACUUCUCGAUUCUCGGUUAUUGCGAUGAGGAAAGGGAGAAGAUCAUAGUGUAUGAGAAUCCAAAGGGUGUAAGUUUAGAUCAGUAUAUAAGACAUGGUAGUAAUGCCACUCUUACGUGGCUACAAAGACUUGAAAUAUGCGCAGGCGUGGGUCAUGGAUUAUCUUACUUACAUAGUAAAAACGUAUAUUUGAUUCGUAUCCAAAGCGCCGUUAUCGUUUAUGAUGAUGAACAAGGGGUUGCUAAGAUUGUGGAUUUAGAUAAAGGUGCCGUUAUUAACCACGCCUAUAACUCACCCGAAUACAUUAAGUCUGGUAGAGAUACGAUAAAAACCAAUGUAUAUUCUUUCGGCAUGGUAUUAUUUGAAGUUAUGUGUGGGAGGCUGUGCUACGAAGAGGUGGAUGGCGUCAUAUUAUCAGCCGAACUCAUCAAAGACUUGUAUGAACAGAAGAAACUUUAUGAGUUUGUCGAUCCUGCUAUUUUAAGACAACAAAAGCAGAUCAGCUCAUCAUAUCCCAUGGACAAAUAUUCAGCGAUUGCGUAUCGAUGCUUGUUGGAUGAUCCAAAAGAACGACCUUCCAUGGAUGAUGUCGUAAAAGUGCUUCAAGAAUUAAUUAUUGACUAUCGAGAGAACAGAGACAACAAAGAUCUAGAUGGGUCGGAAAAAGCUGCAGCCGAGAAGAUACGAACCAACAUGGAGUUAUUACACGUUUUUGGUUCCGUCCAUUAAGCAAUCGCAUACUCGACACAUACAACACGUCUAUGUCCCAAUGAUUGUUGGAUUUUUUCUUUUUUUCGUCAUUGGAUUUGUAUUUUGUUGUUUAAUUUGCUCCAUUUGUAUGGUUUGUAUAGCUUAAGAUCUUGCUACAAAUGUGAUGGAUAUGUAUGAGCUUGGAUUUGUAUUUAUAUGAAUCUUAUAUGUUUUUAUUUGCUAGAAA